AUGGGGAAAAGGAAGCGAGAAAAUUCUGGUGAGUUUUUAUUUUUGUUAACGUUUUUUUUUUAAUUUGUUAAUUUUUUAAAUUGGCGCACAAAAUUUAAUUGCGAUUUUAAAUUCUGAAAAUCCGACCCAGGAAAUUCUAAUUUCCAAUAAAAACUUUUUUAAUUUCAACCAAAUAUUUCCAGAAACCCCAACUAUUUCAAAAAUCCUAAAACCUUUGGAAAAUGAAGAUUGGACAGCUGAAGAGGAAGAAUUGACUGAAAUUCUGAAACAACUCAAAGAUCUUAAAGAUGAUGUAAGUUUCCCUUCCACAAAAUCACCAUUUUCAUAUAAUUUUCAGACAAAUUCUCAUGACAAAAUCAAUCUAAAAAUCCUAUCCAAUCUUCUUGUUUCUUACAAAUGCACAUGCUCCAACCAGGAUUUAUUGAUUUUCGAAAUUCUGGAACUUCUCGAAAAAUAUGGCACCGAUUUAGGUCAACUCCAUCCACUGGUUUUUGGCUUGAACGCCGAGAAAAAUUACGAGAGUUUGAGGAAAAUGGGAGGGAAUUUGCAUGUGAGAAUCACACCGGAUGAAGUUUUGAGAGGAUAUUUUGAUGAAGCAACACUUUGGAAUACGGUCAAAUAUCAUGUUAGACCAGUUAGCGAUGAAAAUUCGGCAAAGAUUUAUGAUGUGAAAUUUGUGUUGAGAUUGUUCAACUCGUUGAUUUAUCCAGCUUCAGCGGUAAGGAUGAUUAUGAUGGAAUAAUUUUUAGAUAAAAAUUCCCUGUUUUUCCAGCUCUCCUGCAAACUUUUCGUUGAACAAAACGGCUUGGCUCUCCUCUUUUCUUCAACUUCUUCUGCAGAUCCCGAAAUUCGAACUUUGGCUUAUUGUUGUCUUCAAAAAUACUCAAAUUUGUUGCAAGAAUUGAAAGUCGAAAUUUUCAAUGAAAAAUCGAUAAUUCUAUAUCUGAUUCGACUUUUCAAGCAUAGCACCGAUGUGGCAAUUCGACGUGUUUCGAGUUGUAAGUUAGAUACUUUUCAAAUUUUUUCGGAUUUUAAACAAUCACGAGUAAUUUUUCAGUAAUUUCGCACUUCUUUGCCCGAGUUUCCAAACUAAUUCUUCAUCCCGAAGAUCCUGUUUACCCUCAAAUUAUGGCGUUUUUGUGUAUGAAACCGAUUUUUGAUGCUGAAAAUGUUCCCGAAUUUUACAAAUUGUUGUUUUCUUCGUCACCUCAAAAUCAUAAGCAAGAACGAGAAUGGAUUUUGACGCUGAUCUCUGAAGCGGUUCUGGAGCCAAUGGAUUAUCAGAUUCUACAGAAUCGGUGAGUGAAUUUUUGGGGAAAAAUAGUUUACGAACACAGAAUUCGAAUUUUCCAGAGCCGGCAUCAAACUCCUGAUGACAACAUUUUCAAGUCUUUGGGCCGAUCGAAAAAGUCGCGGUCUCAUUUUGAGAACCUUUCAAAAUUGUGUGCGAAUGCCAUCAGUUGCACACGAUCUGUUUUUCCGUGAAGGAUUGCACACGUGGAUUACCACCAUUUUGAAUGUAAGUUUUUCGCAAACACUUUUUCUCAAAACAUUUGUUUUUUUUUCUAGAGUAAAAGAUAUACGAAAUGGGAGAAGAACUUUUUGUCGCAAAUAUUUUUGGUGCUCAUUGAAAACGAGCGAAAAUAUCAGCGAAGUCAGAAAGGAAAAGAUGUUCAAUGUUUUUCGGCCUUUUCAACGGCCAAGAUUUGUAGCCGAAAAAUUAUUCGAGUUUUGAAGGACAUUGAGAAAAAUGAGCAAUUUGAGGGAGAACAAGAAAAGGCGAAAGAAUCGAUUGAGAAAAUCGAGAAGAUUUUGGAGAAAAAAUGGAAAAUGAAGAAGAAACAUCGGAAAGUUUGA